UGACGUUGGGAUAUCGUGAUGCCCAGUUGGGAGAAGGGAUUGAAGAGUCUGAAGAUGACUAAGCCGUCCCACAGAAAUUAGCGAGCCAAGACCGACACACUUUGGCCCGCUCGCAAUUUUGCCCGCGACGACACUUCGAAACGACAACCCGCGAUCACGGCACCACCCUCCCUUCGAGCCACCUAGGAUUGAUUUCAGCUCAAUCACAGCAGUCAAUCCGCCCAAUAUGGCUGAUUCGCAGGUCACGCUGCGCACGCGCAAGUUCAUCCGCAACCCCCUCCUCGGUCGUCGCCAGAUGGUCGUCGACGUGCUCCACCCCAACCGGGCCAACGUGUCCAAGGACGAACUCCGCGGCAAGCUCGCCGAGCUGUACAAGGCGAAGAAGGAUGAUGUCUCCGUCUUUGGCUUCCGGACGCACUACGGUGGCGGAAAGAGCACUGGCUUUGCUCUCAUCUACGACUCCGCUGAGGCGAUGAAGAAGUUCGAGCCCCACUACAGGUUGGUGCGCUAUGGGAUGGCCACCAAGGUCGAGAAGGCCUCCAGGCAACAGCGCAAGCAACGGAAGAACCGCCAGAAGGAACUGCGAGGAACGGCCAAGGUCAAGGGCGCCAAGAAGAAGAAGGGCGAGUAAACGACAUCUCCAAGAGGGGGCUCGUUGGGAUAAGCAUGAGGUCUUUCUGCUGGCGCAGGGUGGUUCACGACGGGACGGGCAUUAUUCCGAUGGGCCGCUUCGUGUACAUGUACCCAUACCUGAAAAGCUCUUGCACAUGGACCGGCAAGAUGGACGGCGUUCGAGUCUUAUGUGUCUGCUAACCAUCAAUGCAUAUCAUGGACCUUUGGAAUGGAAUGCGAUAUUUCAGAUUUGCAUACUGUGAUUUGCUGGCUGGAACACGUGGGAUCCCGCUCAUGGUGAGGUUGCUGGAUCAACCUAAAAUCAAUGUUCCUUUUUGCUAGGUCUAUUCGUGUUCUAUUGAACCAACA